AUGAGUACGGUACAAAGGAUUAAGGAUAUCGAGGAUGAGAUGGCUAGAACUCAAAAGAAUAAAAACACAAAUUACCAUUUGGGUCAGCUAAAAGCUAAGCUCAGUAAAUACAAGAAGGAACUUCUCACUCCUUCUUCCUCUGGUGGUGGUGGCCCUGGAGUUGGUUUCGAUGUUGCAAAGACUGGUUUAGCUUCAGUCGGUUUCAUUGGUUUCCCUUCAGUUGGUAAAUCAACUUUAAUGUCCAAAUUAACUGGCACACACUCUGAGACAGCUGCUUACGAGUUCACUACUCUUACAACUGUUCCCGGUACAAUGAAUGUUUUUGGUGCACCUAUUCAAGUUUUGGAUUUGCCGGGUAUCAUUGAAGGUGCCAAAGAUGGUAAGGGUAGAGGUAGACAAGUCAUUGCGGUUUCAAGAACUUGCAACUUGAUCUUCAUUGUACUUGACGUAUUGAAGCCAUUAAACGAUAAGGGCGUCAUUGAAAGGGAAUUGGAAGGUUUCGGUAUUAGACUAAAUCAAUCACCACCAAACAUUUCAGUAAAGAAGAAGGAAAAAGGUGGUAUAGCUAUCACAAACACUGUACCACUCACAAAGAUUGAACCUGAAGAGAUCAAGGCUGUUUUGUCAGAGUACAAAAUACCUAAUGCCGAUGUUAUGAUUAGGGAGGAUAUCUCUGUUGACCAGCUGAUUGAUGUUGUUGAAGGUAACCGAGUAUACAUCCCUUGCAUCUACUGUUUAAACAAGAUUGAUGCAAUUUCAAUUGAAGAAUUGGAUCUUCUCUAUCAAAUUCCAAACUCUGUUCCAAUCUCAUCGUCACAAUGGUUAAACGUUGAUGAAUUGAUUGAUAUUAUGUGGCAGAGAUUGCAGCUCGUUAGAGUUUACACAAGACCCAAAGGUAGAGCACCAGACUAUACGGCACCAGUUGUUUUGAGAAAGGGUAGAUGUACUGUUGAGCACUUUGCACAUGCAAUUCACAAGGAAAUCGCAAAGCAACUCAAGUACGCCGUUGUUUGGGGCAAGUCAUCUAAACAUCCAAGAGGUCAAAAGGUCGGAUUAGACCAUAUAUUAGAAGAUGAGGAUGUCCUUUGUCUUGUUAAGCAUUAA